UAAAGCGUGAACCUUAUCCCCCGCUUGUUAAUUUGACAACGCUGAAAUUAGUCAGAAAUCGAGAACAGACGGAAGAAAAUGUCGAUAACGGCAAUGGCAAGUUGUAGCUUUCCAAGAUUUCGUGUUCAGUGCUCCAAUUCUAAGCCAAAGCGUGGUUUUGGCGCCAAAAACGACCCCAACAACAACAAGACAAAGAAAGUUAGUAGCUCUAGGGAGGACAAAGGUAUGGCGUUACAACAAAGGAAAUCCACCACUAAACAAUCUACCCCUCUACCUACUCAGGCACCUGGUUUAAGUUCUCGUUUUGAUGGAAAGUCAAAAUCCAUGGACAUUGAGUUUGAGGAACGCCUGGAAGCAGUUAAAAGGUCAGCACUUGAACAGAGAAAGGCAGAUGAGAUCGACUAUGAUGCACCAGUUAAAUCUGAGAAGAAGACAAUUGGACUUGGCACUAAGAUUGGAGUAGGAGUAGCUGUUCUUGUCUUCGGUCUGGUUUUUGCACUUGGAGACUUUCUUCCUUCUGGAAGUGAUGGUCCCCUUGAAGAUGCUAUAGUAGUUGAUAAAAAGUUAUCCAAAGAAGAGAAAGCUACUCUUCAGGCUCGUUUGAAACAAUAUGAGGCAACACUUGCUGUCUCCUCUAAAGAUCCUACCGCACUUGAAGUCUUGCAGGGAGCUGCUGUAACCUUGGCAGAAUUGGGAGAGUAUGCUCGGGCUUCCUCUCUGCUUCAGGACUUGGCAAAGGAGAAACCCACUGACCCUGAAGUUUUUCGUUUGCUUGGGGAAGUUAAAUAUGUGCUCAAAGAUUAUGAGGGAAGUGCUAAUGCAUACAGGAUAUCUGUGAUGGUCUCUAAGAAUGUCAAUUUUGAAGUUCUACGUGGUCUUACCAAUGCAUUGCUUGCUGCUAAGAAACCGGAUGAGGCUGUUCAGAUCCUUCUGGCUUCUCGUGAACGCCUGAAUUCUGAAAAACCAAGUGGCAUUGGUAUUAAAGCUGAUGGCAAUGCCAUGGAAACUGAAUCAGAGGUGGACCCUAUUCAGGUUGACUUGCUUCUUGGAAAGGUCUAUUCAGACUGGGGACAUGUGAGUGAUGCUGUAUCUGUUUAUGAUCAGCUGAUCUCCAGUCACCCUAAUGACUUUCGGGUUUACCUAGCAAAGGGAAUUAUAUUGAAAGAGAACGGCAAUGUUGGAGAUGCAGAAAGGAUGUUUAUACAACAGGAUGGUGCUGGAUAAAUUGUGAGAGAUCAAAGCAAGCAACAGUAAAUUGUGAGAGAUCAAAGCAAGCAAUAGCCAGAGCUUUUGGGUAUGCCAUUGAAACAUUAACCCACUUGGCAAUUUACAAAGUUUGUGAGAAAUUAGGUUGCAGCGCAGCUGGUGUUUUGGCUGCAAUGAAUUCUCUGUUUUAUUUACGGUGUCACACUCUAGUGCAGAGAGAGAGAGAGAGAGAGAGAGAGAGAGAGAGAGAGAGAGACUUUGUUUCAAUUUUAAGUGAUGUGGCAUGUGGGCUCCACAUUUAAUAAUAAAAAAUGCCACAUUGCAUGCCACAUCAGCAGGACCGCACUUUUCCCAAAUUCAAUUUCAAAUUUGGAUACAAUUUCUUCAAUCUUUAAAGAUUUGGUCAAUUGGGUCAAAAUUGAAACCAUCGGAUUAAAACACAAAAGGUGGAAAAAGUUUGGAUUUGUAGUGUGAUUAGGCCUUAAACAUUAUAGCUUACUUGUGUAUGUUUUGAGCAGGCUCGGUUUUUUGCACCAGAGAAAGCGAAGGCAUUUGUUGAUCGUUAUGCUAGAAAAUGAUGACAUUGUUUAUUUCAUUGCUUGUACAUUGGGCAUCUAAAAGCAUCAACCGUAGUUUAAUUGGAUCACUGUUGAAUUCUUAAAAGGGUACUAAAUUUUGUGAUGACCAAAUGAAAUGUGACUGACUUCUUUCUCAGCUGUUGUGAUAACCAAAUGAAAUGUGACAAUGACUUCUUUCUCA